AUGGUUUCCGAAAAUCUACCCUAUCUUAAUACUGAAUAUGAUUUCAGCGGCAGGAAAUAUGACGUAGUAUUUUACGUAGAAGACAUAUCGCAUGAAUGGCAUACAACACUGAGUGAUACAUUUGUUGAAGAACUGACCAGAAAGACUGGAAAUUUCAAGAGGUUUGAUGUCUUUUGCUCUAUGUUACAAUCAGCCAUAUCCAAGCGCUCCAGUUUCCUCAAAUUGGAUUUACUGAAUUACGAAGAUCUGAGCGAAAUCAGAAAGUCUAGAGUAAUCAACGACUAUUCAGUCCCCAGUCUCCUGUCAUAG